ACUCGGUGUCAGGACGGAGGAGACGCAGGCAGGCCGCGCUCCCGCCUCAGCCACCCCUCCGCUCAUCGUGGAGCUCUGAGCCUCCUUUCCAGCGCCCCCAGCCGCGGGGCCAUCCACCCAGACUCGCACCAAACUUUUCCGCCCUGGGCUCUGGAUUCUGGACUCUGGGGCCUCCUUGCCCGCCCCUUUUCUGGGUUCUAUCUUCAGCCUCUCUACUAAGAGCCGGCAGCCCCCCUUCUCGAGUUCCUCCCUCUCUCUCCAGCCUUUUUUGGGGAGGGGCUCUCCACGCUCCGGAGAGUUCCCAAGGGUCACCGGAGUUGCGCUGCCUUUCCGUUUCGCCUUCACCUGGAUAUAAUUUCCGAGCGAAGCUGCCCCCAGGAUGACCACGUUGGCCGGCGCUGUGCCCAGGAUGAUGCGGCCGGGCCCGGGGCAGAACUACCCGCGAAGCGGGUUCCCUCUGGAAGUGUCUACGCCCCUGGGUCAGGGCCGAGUCAACCAGCUUGGCGGCGUAUUCAUCAACGGUAGGCCGCUGCCCAACCACAUACGACACAAGAUCGUGGAGAUGGCCCACCACGGCAUCCGGCCCUGCGUCAUCUCGCGCCAGCUGCGCGUGUCCCACGGCUGCGUCUCUAAGAUCCUGUGCAGGUAUCAGGAAACCGGCUCCAUACGUCCUGGUGCCAUAGGCGGCAGCAAGCCCAAGCAGGUGACAACACCUGACGUGGAGAAGAAAAUUGAGGAAUACAAAAGGGAGAACCCCGGCAUGUUCAGCUGGGAAAUCCGAGACAAAUUACUCAAAGACGCGGUCUGUGAUCGAAACACCGUGCCCUCAGUGAGUUCCAUCAGCCGCAUCUUGAGGAGUAAAUUUGGGAAAGGUGAAGAGGAGGAGGCAGACCUGGAGAGGAAGGAGGCAGAGGAAAACGAGAAGAAAGCCAAACACAGCAUCGACGGCAUCCUGAGCGAGCGAGCCUCAGCACCACAAUCAGACGAAGGCUCUGACAUUGACUCUGAACCAGAUUUACCGCUAAAGAGAAAACAGCGCAGAAGCCGAACCACCUUCACCGCAGAGCAGCUUGAGGAACUAGAACGUGCUUUUGAGAGAACCCAUUACCCUGAUAUUUAUACCCGAGAGGAACUGGCGCAGAGGGCGAAGCUUACCGAGGCCCGAGUACAGGUCUGGUUUAGCAACCGCCGUGCAAGAUGGAGGAAGCAAGCUGGGGCCAAUCAACUAAUGGCUUUCAACCAUCUCAUUCCUGGAGGCUUCCCGCCCACGGCAAUGCCGACUCUGCCAACAUACCAGCUGUCGGAGACCUCUUACCAGCCCACGUCUAUUCCACAAGCCGUAUCGGACCCCAGCAGCACCGUUCACAGACCUCAACCGCUUCCUCCGAGCACCGUACACCAAAGCACUAUUCCUUCGAACCCAGACAGCAGCUCUGCCUACUGCCUUCCCAGCACCAGGCAUGGAUUUUCCAGCUAUACAGACAGCUUUGUGCCUCCGUCGGGGCCCUCCAAUCCCAUGAACCCUGCCAUUGGCAAUGGCCUUUCACCUCAGGUAAUGGGACUCCUGACCAACCACGGUGGGGUACCCCACCAGCCCCAGACUGAUUAUGCGCUGUCCCCUCUCACUGGGGGCCUGGAACCUACCACCACGGUGUCGGCCAGCUGCAGUCAGAGACUAGAUCACAUGAAGAACUUGGACAGCCUGCCAACAUCUCAAUCCUAUUGUCCACCCACUUAUAGCACCACGGGCUACAGUAUGGACCCUGUCACGGGCUACCAGUAUGGACAGUAUGGACAAAGUGCCUUUCAUUAUCUCAAGCCAGAUAUCGCAUAAGAGAACUGUCCACUGGGAGCUCAAACUGGCCCCGUUUUCUGGUGUCCCCAGCCUAGACAUGAAGAAUCUUCUCAGAAAAAACCAAUUACCCUUUUUUGUGGGGUGGGGGGGGCCCUGACAGGAGACAAAAGAGAGUGAUUGAUUUUUUUUUCUCCAGUAGUUGGUUUCAAAGUUAUUUGAACUUGUUGGACAAAAGCAAUGAAGCAGAGGAAGAGCUGGAACAAGACAAGACAAAGGCAGCCUUUGAAGGCAACCGUUUAACACGGCCACAGAGCAGAGUAUCCCAGAUCUUUAGUGCUGAUGAUCAAGGAGCUAAAACAUUCCAUUUAUGUGUGUGUGUGUGUGUGUGUGUGUGUGUGUGUGCACGUGCAUUUGCACGUGUAUCUGAGAUUUUUCUGGAUGGUUUGGGCAAGCAGAAUGUUCUAAAAUACAUCAGGAGAAUGCGCUGAAGUGUAACAUGUCUGACGUCCAACGCUGGCGUUUCUACAAGUUCAAAACUGCUCACUUCUUGAAGCAGGCACAGAGAAAUCCUUCACUUUUACACACUGGAAAUUGAUAUAAAAAUGCCACCAUUUUUAGGAAACUAGUCUAGAUGUAAAGGACCCCCUAAAUAAAUUAUUUGUUAAGGUGUCCUCCUUUGUAAUCUAGUUGUCAAUAAAUGUCCCCGAUGCAUCUUGCUAACAGGAUAUGGGGAUAACAGGAAGAAGAGGCUGUUUUCCGGUGUGGGGAAAGGUGUGUGAUAUUUUCCUAAUUCAUCUUCGUUUGGAAGGCCCUGGGGGUGGGGGAGGAGGUGACACGCAUUCACAUAUCUGCUUAUCAGUGUGCGGCUCUGUAUACCUCAUGAUGCUUUGGCAAGACCCAAGGCGAUAUGAACAGAAUCUGAAAUCUAUUUUUGCACGUGCUUUUAUUUUCGCAGCCCAUAAUUCAUGGUGGUAGAGGGCAGCGACGUUCACCUUCUGCCGGACAACCGACACCUGGCUUGCUCUUUUAGAUUAGAGACCAUGUUGAGUAAGAUAAUGCUUUUUAAACGAUUACGUUUACAUUCUUCUCUUUUCUAUGAAAGGCAGGGCCAGAACAGAAAUGUUCCUAUGGCUCUCAUGUACUUUUAAAUUAUACAAUAUCCAAUAUUAAGAGAUUAUACAAACUGAGGUUUACAUACGUUUGUGUGGUGACAUUUUCGAAUGUCAAUAAAUUUUUUUUUUUAUUUGCAAUGUUAAGAGGGACAGGAAGGUGGAAGGCAGUGUUAUUUAUUUCUUUCUAUUCUUGGAACCAUGAAUGAGGUAGGCACAAAUACAUUCCUUUUAGAAUUAAGAACUAUGACAUAGUGAGUUAGUGAGACUAGACAUAGGCCUGAGUUAAUUCAUACAUUGGUCUUAGAGGGUGAUGGAACAGAAGAAGUACUAUCUUUGUGUUGCAGCCUCAACCAACAAUGAUGUGUUGUAAAAAUGUCUUUCAUGUAAAAAGUGCAGUAAAUAUUUACUAUUUAUAAUGAAUAAACAGUUAUGAAAACUUG